UGGCUGUGGCUCCGGCCGGACCGGCCGGGUCGCGGGAGCCGGCACGGAAGGAGAGGCUGCCUCCCGUCGGUGGUGGCCGGCUUCGGGGAAGUGGGGACACGGCUCUCCAGACCACACCCACGCUUCCAGUUCAAGCUGGAGGAGUGCAAGAACAUUCAGUGGAAGACCUUGGACCUCAGGAACUGGAUUGGAAGAAGUGCCUAAAGAAAUGGAUGCUAGAAGAAAACACUGCAGGGAGAGUGUAUUUACUCCUUUCUUUGGUGCACAUUAUAUUCUAGAAGAAAUUUCUCACCCCGAUUCUGUUGAACAAGCCUCUGUAGAUAAGACCAAGAGAACGGAAAGAAUUUGCAAUUUGCCCAGCAGAAGGUUUCAGGAAAGAAAUAAAAUUAAGAGGAAAGAAUGUCUUUCUCAACUAAGUGAAAAGGAACAAGAAUGCAGUGUGAUAGAGAGAAAGAUAAUCAUAUCAAAGAAUGAAACUGACACAAAUUCUACCUCCUAUGAAUUAUCUAAUUUGGAUAUUGCAACUGAAGAAAGCUGUAAUGGCCCAGAUCCCCGUACCUGGCGUAGAAGGGAAUUAACUCGACUACAGCAAGAGGCAAGGAAGAAAUUUACCAAAGGCAUGUCUCCCAAAGUCCGCCUGAAUCUUUUGAAUGAAGAACUGGAAGAACUGAACAUGAAAUGCAAAAAAAUAGAAGAGGAAUUUGAAAAUGCUGAAAAAGAACUUUUGAACUCCAAAAAAGACACAAAACCUCUAAAUUUUCAAGAAGCAAGGAUGGAUACUUUGAAGAACGACUGGGAACUUCAAGCCUUAAGAAAUGAUCUAUCUAAAAAAUCAACAAAUGUGAAAAACUUAACUGACGAGCUCCAGCAAGCCAAAGAAAUCAUCCACAAGUUGAACCUAGAGAACAGAGAUUUAAAAGAAGCUGUUAGAAAGUUAAAGCACCAAACCGAAGUUGGGAAUAUACUUCUAAAAGAAGAAAUGAAGUUGUAUUAUGAAUUAGAAAUGGAAAAGAUUCGUGGAGAGCUAGAUGCCAUCAAGUAUGAAUUAAGAGCUGAGAAGACCCUGCAAGCGAGAAACAGCCGAGCCCUGGAGUUGCUUAGAAAACACUUGGCUUCAGUGGUAACGUCAACAAGUACCUUUGAUGGCUUUCCUGGGGAUUUUUUUUAAAGCUAAAAAAACAUCUUUCAUUAGAUAGAAGAGAAUGAAAUUCCCAUAAGGCAAAGAUCAGGUCCCUGGUGACAAACUGCGGAAAACAGUGGUGCUGCUGCUUCUGUACCUUUGGCUGCCAUCAUUUUUGUUUUGGAAACAAAAAGACAGAAGAGAUUUGGGGCGCAAUAUCCAGCAAAGUCCCUUGUGAGCAGUCUGUGUGAAAGGGAAACACCACAGUCGUUCCUCUCUCCAAAGAAGCACUACAACAUGGAGAAAAAGCGUGCAAGGUUGGCGUAUCCGCUUAUGAGCUGUGUGACCUUAGUUAGACGAGUUGCAAAAUUCUCUGUUGCUCAGUUUCUUCAUCUUAUAAGGCAGGGUUAAUAGUGGUGUUGGGAGGAUACGAUGAUG